UUGUUUUUACUAAUUUUACUAAAUGUUAGAAAAUAAUUUAUUGUUAGAGAAUAAAAUACGUGUAUUAUUAUUAUGGCUGGGCGUGGCAGAGGAAGAGGCAAACCUUCUAUGUCAAUUAGCACAGAACAAUUGGGUUUUACUAAAGGAGAGGCAUUACCACCACCAGUCUUACAACCUCCACCAAAAUAUCCUUCUUUAGAAUACAAACCAAUGCCAUUAAUUAUUAAUACAGAAAUGAGUUAUCUGUUAGAAUUAAAGAGAGAAUAUGCAGAAUAUAUGAGAGAAUCAUCUAACAAUGUUUUACCUCUUAUAAUUAAAAAAGAUAUUGAAAGGUAUUCAGAUCGAUACCAAGAUUUGAUUACAGAUAAAAGUAGUUAUGAGACUAGAUACGAUUGGAGCAGAAUGCCAGCAGAAUUAAAACCUCAGCUAAGAAAACGUAAAGGACAAAAAUUUGAGAAGCCAUUGAAAAAGCAAAAAAAUGUUGAUGUUGAAUCAAAGUUGCAAGAAUUAGAGAAAAAAGAGAAUUCACAACAAAGUGAUACAGAAGAAGAGGAAAAGGAAGAAGAAGAAACAGAAGAAAAAGAUGAUGAGCAUGCGGAGGAUGAAGAAGAGGAACUGGAUGAGGAAAUGGAUGAAGGAACUGAUUAUCUUAACAAUUAUUUCGAUAAUGGAGAAGGUUACGACGAUGAAGACGAUAAUUUAGACGAUGGACCUAUUUAUUAAGAUAUGACUUUUAUAAGAAUCGGAAAUUACUCUUUGUUUUCAAUUAUUGGAUUAAAAUACUUACAAGUUAUUAAUUGAGCACUGUAUGGCAAUAUGUGUAUAUAUAUAUUUUAUCGAAUCACGUGUUUAAAUAAAUCACGUGUUUUAAUAAAA